AUGAUUAAUAGACUUGUACCUUUGGGAAGACUUAACUUUAGAAGCUUCCGAAUGAUUGUUCGUCACUAUCUAGACUUAUUAAGUCAACGAAUGGACAAAUCCAUUGCUUUGUUAGCGUUGAUAGCUUUUACUGGGUUAUAUGCUAGACGAUUAGCUGAAUUGGAUGCUUCACAAUGUGGGGAAGAGGAUGAAGAAAAUUCUAAUAAUAAACUGCCGAGAGAUUAUAGACGUGAAAUUUAUCAAGUUUCAAUUUAUGGUUCGGGCAUUUUGCUAUCUACGAUUGAGGGUUCUUGGGUAUGUAUUACAAUUUUAUAA